CGUAGAGAUAAAAUAGUAAAGCUGAUUUUAUUUAUCGAAAGGAAACGUGGAUCUGCGUCUAAUAUCGACCGGAGAUUGAAUAUUGUAUCAAAUUAAGAAGCAAUGGAAGAAGAACCCUUUCCAGGACUCAAAAUUGAAUCAUCUGAUUUCCUAAAUGACUUAGAUGGGCGCAGCAAAUGUUCCAAGUGUCAGAGGUCUAGAAAAUUCUACUGCUACACCUGCUUUUUACCUUUGCCAGAAAUUGAACACAGAAUUCCAAGAGUUAAGCUGCCCCUCAAGGUUGAUAUUCUGAAGCACCCCAGUGAGGUGGAUGGAAAGAGUACAGCAGUGCAUGCUGGGAUUGUGGCCCCCGAGGAUGUAUGCAUCUAUACGUACCCAUGCAUUCCAGACUAUGAGAAGGACAAGGUGAUACUUGUCUUCCCAUGUAAGGACUCGAAGACAUUAGAGCAACUGGCCUCUAGUUGGAAACAUGGACUCAAGCCUACUCAGUUGAAAUCCAAUGAAUCUGUAUUCAGUGGGAAAGGAUCACUAGAAACUAGUGGUGAGAAAUCAACAAUUGCUGGCAGUGAAAUACUCCCUGCUAAAACAGAGAAAUUACACAGUUCUGAAGAUGAAGCCUUGUCUAAAUUAGAAGAAUCUCCAAAGCUACCAUUUGAACGAGUGAUCUUUAUUGACAGCACAUGGAAUCAAACCAGGGCAAUCUUCAAUGAUGAACGUUUGAGAGGUAUACAGUGUGUAGAGUUGAAGAGUGAGAAAACAAAGUUCUGGCGCCAUCAGAAGAACAAUCCAGAUACGCACCUGGCAACAAUUGAAGCUAUCUACUACUUCAUGCGUGAAUUCCAUGAACAUUUUGUGGACACUCAGUACUCAGGGCAAUAUGACAAUUUGCUGUUCUUUUUCAACUUCAUGUACAAGAAAAUCAGAAAUAUCUAUGAUGGCGGUGAACAUCUCGAGGCAUAUAAAAGUAGAAAGGAAAAGGCAUUGCAGACGAAAAAUGUUUCUUAACAAAAAAGAUUUAGUAAAUUGUGAUAAUUUUUUGCAAGAAUGAUUUAAAAUGAAGUUGAAUGAUAUAUUCAGGCUUUUAUGUUUCUGAUGACUAGUAUAAUAAGUAGUUACAUACUGGUAAUUAUCAGUUUGUUGUGUUAUGCAUUGAUAUGUGUAACUAACAAAGAAAGAAUUGAAACAUUUUCUUGCUAAAAAAAACAAUAAAAAGCAUCAUAAGAUA